AAGCGUGGCGACCACGCUUCGCAGAAAGCGGCAACAGCGACGCUUCCGCGAAGGGGAGGGGUGGUUUCUGAAGCACCAUGGGCUGCACGUUUUCAAUGUUCGACUGCGCUCUCUGUGAGAAGCGCGAGCAACUGCUCGAAGACGGUGCCAUCUGGUUCUCGGACCUUGCGGCGCUGGAAGCUACGGAGGCCUCUUCGCCUGGAGAGGCCGCAAUGGCAGACACUGACGCGCCUAUUGCCUCCCAGGCCAGCAGUGCGCCGGCUGGCCGUCGACGCGUAGUCACGUUUGCGCCGGACCUCGUGACUGUGUUUACGACAGCCCCGCUGGAUGAACCGAUGGCGGAAAUCGAAGUGGUGGCGGACUUGCCGGAAACUUGCGCUGCUUCCAGAGACCCCCUCCGUCUCCUCCCAUCGGAAGUACUCAUCAGAAUCGUCAGCCUCCUGGACGACGAGUCGCUGCUGCGCAUCAGCAUGGCCUCACCUAAGUUGGCGGACGUGUCUCGCCACCAACCGGUGGUGCGCAGGCGCAUAGAGAAGCAAAUCGCCCUCGAAAUGGCCAAGGUGGAAGAGGACAGCGACGCGUGCAAAGACCUCUGGUCGUACUUCGAUUCUGGAUACUCUUUCGCUGAUCUUCACUACGCCUCUCGAUUGGGAAGAACUUCAAUCAGUAAAAUUAUGUAAAAAGUUUAUGGAACGAUGUGUACCAAUACGCGAGCAGAAUGCCUCUUCAUUAAGCUGAAAUAUUUGAAUCCAGAGCAAAUUACCAUCAUCCUAUAGAAGUCGUAGUAGAGAAGGAUAUCCGUAGCUAUUAUUUUGUGUAUUCAGCGAAUGCAUUUAAGCCAUUUUGUCUAAUUAAUGGCGGAUGUUACAUCGACCUCAGUGUUAACAUGAAUUUGCCAAAAAAGUGUAAAAAUUUGUACGCUUCGUACUUUAUACGUGAAACACUUGUGUUAAUUUCUAGCAGACUUUACACACACCACAAGAGGAGUUGGAGCAUAUUGAAAAAAGGGACAUUCAGAGAGGAAACUUAAGUUACUUAGAAACAUGGACUAGUAGAUAAUUGGGUAAAUGAAAUCAACUGAAAUGGCAAGAUCGAUUAGUUUGAUAUGAUGUAACAGAUUGAAACACCUGUAAAAAAAAUUUAUAAAAAUAAAACCAGAAAGACAUAACUAGCUUUUUCUUUCCAUCUUGUGACAAUGCUUUCCUCCAAAUAUGUCAAUCUCCUUCCACAUAUUAAGCUAUAAAACUGUGACUUUAUUCGUACGCGUUCAUACUAGAGAUUGUUGGACGAUUUUUACUUCGUGAAUAAGCUUCUGCGUGUCGAAAUCUAUCGCGGCGUGACCAUGGUGAAAAUCAUGAGUGAAAUGAGCCCAUGCCCUUCGUCGACUAAAGGUUACCGUGUGACCGCCCAGUUGCUGAGUUUCAGACCUGGCCAGAUAGUGUGGUUGGCAGUGACAUUCACUGGCAAGGAACGCCACACGUAGGCAGUUUCCACGACGGGGAUGAGGAAAGUUUCCUAAUUUUCUUGCUAUAAAAAAUACUG